AUGCUCGCGAACUUCGUUGCUUUGCUCUUUUUGUCAGCUCUUGCCGUCGCACGCAGGACCUGCAAGGUACCUGCUAUUGGCGGAGGCGAAGACGACGGGCCUGCCAUCAACGCCGCGUUCGAGAGGUGCUCAAAGAACGCGAAGGUCGUCCUCGACAAGUACUAUGUCGUAGAUACGCUGCUGCUCACGAAGGAUCUCGACGACGUUGAGAUUGAGCUGAGUGGUACAGUUCAGUAUACACCGGACAUCGCCAAAUGGUCCCCCCAGAGCUUGUUCCUCGUAUAUCAGAACGCGACCACCUUCUGGUUCCUGUCUGGCAAUAAUAUCCACUUGUACGGCGGUGGAACCCUCGACGGUAACGGACAAGUUUGGUGGGACACCUUCAACAACUCCCAUAACGCUGGAACGGCGGGCGGCUCCUCAACGACGUUUGCGAGGCCCAUCCCGCUCACAGUCGGCAACUCCUCCAACAUCGUGGUUGAAAAUAUCCGACAGAUUGGCUCUCCGUUCUGGAACAAUUUCGUGUAUCAGAGCACGAAUGUGACCUAUAAGCAGAUCAGCAUCCGUUCACAGUCAUAUUCAAGCAGCCCAACUGCGAAUUCUGAUGGCUGGGACAUCUACCGUUCUUCGCAUGUCACUAUACAGGAUUCCGUUGUGAUCAACGACGACGAUUGUGUUUCGUUCAAGCCGAAUAGUACCGAUAUUAUCGUGGCGAACAUGUUUUGCAACGGCUCUCAUGGCGUCUCUGUUGGCAGCUUGGGCCAGUACGCCGGCGAAAUGGACAUCGUCGCCAACGUGUCCGUGACCAACAUCACGAUGCUCAACGCCCAAAACGGUGCGCGCAUCAAGGUCUUCGGGGGGAAUCCGAGCCCCAUCAGCACGGCCGGCGGUGGCACUGGAUUCGUGAGGAAUAUCACGUUCAAGGACUUCCACAUGGAGAACGUCGAUAACCCUAUUCUUAUCGACCAGUGCUACAUGACUUCUGCGGACGUCUGCGCCCAGUUCCCCAGCAACCUCAGCAUCUCCGACGUCCACUACAUUAACGUAACCGGCACCUCCUCCGGGAAGGAGGGUGCGGUCGUAGUCGAUAUCGAGUGCUCGGACACGUGUCAAGAUAUCACCGCUGAGGACACGCACCUGUCGUCGCCGAGUGGUAAUGCGACGUUUGUGUGCAAGAAUAUCGCUAGCACCGCGCAGCUCGACUUCAACUGCACGUUGCCCCAGUGAGGGGUGGACGUCACCUUCCCUUCGCGGGUUUACUGUCGAAUGGGUUUGCUGGCUGAUGGUGGGUCCAGUGUAGACGUCCGAUGCGUGCAUUUGUGUGUACGGGCGGCGCGUGUGGAUAGCUGCGGGACAAAAAAGCCAGUCUUCAAAACGAGCAUGAAUGCC